AUGCAGCAAGCCGUUCAGAAGUCUAUGGUAGGCCUCGGUGUUGGCGUCGUAGGGGCUGUACCGCAGACCUCGGGAGCGCCGUGUUUCUCAUCUGGCAGAUACUCGCCCACAUACAGAAGUACUCCUACACUCGAUCCCAUGAGAGCCCGUCACUGCAUGAACAACACACCGACUCCACCCAGUCACCAGCCGAAAAGCGAGUUCAUGGUGAAGACCGAAGCCUCUCCCGAUGCUCAAUCCACCUGGACAUCUAAGAAGCUCUUCAUGGAAGAGGAUGACGCUGAAGCGCAAAGUCGGAGAUGGCGAUGUAUUGCGGCAGCUCCUCGAUUUCAUUAUGAUGUUUCUGGAGGCGCAGAUUCUACCGAACCCGACCGUUAUCGGAUGCAGAACUUGGUGAAUUUUUGUAUUUUUCAGAGUAAUUUUUUCCCUUCGUUGGAUGAAGCAGGAUUGAUGGGUCGAGCCGAAGCCCUCGUGGAGAUAGGCAGGCACCCGGGAGGGGCUCAUGGAAUCAAGCACCCCGACAUGGGAAGCAUGUCAAUGUACCACCACGCAAUGGGAUCCACGACGCAAUCACCUCACAACACUGCGAGGUCACAAAUGUCCCAGAUGGAUUUAGGCCACGAUCUGAUCGACCCGCUGUGUCCUUCGAAUCUUCCUCCUUUAGGGAUGACCGCUACUUCGAAUACGGAUCAAUUCCAUCAUUACCCAAUGAACGGUAACAUGAUACACCAUCAUCAGAUGGCUGCCGGACCGGCUAGUUCAGUGAUCGACCCAACAGGAGGGGUCGAUACCGACCCGAGAGAACUGGAGGCGUUUGCCGAAAGGUUCAAGCAGAGAAGGAUUAAGCUUGGCGUCACCCAAGCGGACGUAGGACGCGCACUGGCCAACCUGCGCCUUCCUGGCGUGGGCUCACUUUCACAAAGCACGAUUUGCCGCUUCGAGUCGCUCACCCUUUCACACAACAACAUGGUCGCCUUGAAGCCUAUAUUGGCGGCCUGGUUGGAGGCCGCGGAAGCGCAGGCCAAGUGUAAGAGGCGUGACCCCGACAUGCCGGGCGUGCUUCCGGCCGGCGAGAAGAAGCGUAAGCGGACGUCGAUCGCAGCACCGGAAAAACGAUCGCUCGAAGCGUUCUUCGCUUUGCAACCUAGACCUUCGGGCGAACGAAUUGCUGAUAUUGCUUCAAAACUCGAUCUCAAGAAAAACGUCGUGCGCGUCUGGUUCUGCAAUCAGAGACGAAAACAGAAACGUAUGAAGUACUCUGCAAGUAAUGCCAUCGUCGCGCAAUCUCAGUUGAACAACGCGAACAAUCCGAAUCUGUAG